AAAAACAUCUUCUUUGCAGUGGUGCUAGAUCCAACAUAAAAAAUGGAUUAUUUAGAGUACCUAAUGCUAAAGAUGUAUGGUUGUGAACCUGAUGAUGAUGGGCUCCUUUAUGUUGCCAUGAUCAAACGUGAGAUGGGAAUAUUGUUUGAAGAACACAAGAGGUUGAAUUCCUCUACUGGGAAAUCAACUGAUUGCCAAUCAUUUGAUGAACAAGGAAGCAGCUCUACCUCUACAACCAAUAUCCAAAGUGUGGCAGAUCUGAAAAAUAGAGUGCAAACAUCCCAAGUGAGGUUUGAUUACAAGAAGUUUAAAGCUGACAAUGGUAGAAAAGCAGAAAAAACAAAGCUGGAAAAGUACUUGGCAAAGGAUCUUGAGGAUGAGAAUGAAGAUAUUGAUGUUCUUCAAUGGUGGAAGAUGAAUGAGCAUAUAUUUCCAAUGUUAGCAACCAUUGCAAGAGAUGUCUUGGCAGUCCCAAUAUCUAUUGUUGCUUCUGAAUUAGCAUUCAGUAUUGGAGGCCAAGUCCUUGAUGCUUUUCGAUCAUCAUUGACACCAAGAAUGACACAAGCUCUCAUUUGUGCACAAGAUUAGUUGAGAGAUAAGACUACUUCUGAUAUGGAGGAAGAGGAUUUAGACAAAUUGGAUAGUUUAGAGAAAGUUUUCUUUUGAAUAGACAAGCAUUCUUUUGGACAGUUUCUCUUUUUGGACAGUUUCAAAGUUGUUGGGAGAUGGCAAUUGGAACAUAACAUGCAACUUGUGUUAAGGAAGAAUGGUGAUUUUCUGAACUUAAAUCACUUGGUAGUUAGUAUCAAUAGUAGAUUGGUUUAGCUAAUGUUUAUAUUACAACUUAGGUUUGUUACUUUGUUACUACUCUAAUUUGUCUUAGUGUUUAAAGAGUAGAGUUUGUAUUUUAGUAAUAGCUUAUGAUAAUGUGAUACAAUGUAAGUACUUGAGGAAAUAUAUGAUAUUUUUAAUU